AUGACUGAAAUUGUCCAAUUCUCCCCCAGAUCUUCGAUCUUUACUAUAGGAAGCAUCUUGAGCUUCCUGGUCUCCACAAAUGGAUCUCCCGUGCCGGCAGCUUCUGCCUCAAGUGCAUUGCCGACCACCGCAGCUUACUACGUGAGCGGGACUACUACCACCUUUGCGUCGACGACUCUGACAGCAACCGGAACCAAUGAAGGUGUCAUCAUCGUCAAAGAGACCGGAGUUGCCUAUGUCAAUGACUGUACUCUCAUCAAGGCUGGAGACUCAACCGACGACAGCGAAAGCUCUUUCACUGACCUCAAUGCCGCUGUUGGCGUUGAGACUAAGGGCACUAUCUACAUUACCGAUAGCACCAUCACCACCAGCGGUGGAAGUGCUAAUGCGGUGCACACCUACGAAGACGGAUCCACUGUACACCUCACCAACGUCUAUAUCCACGCCGAGGGAGAUGGCUCGCACGGCAUCUACACCGGAGGCGGCACCAUGUACGGCGAGAACUUGGAGAUUUAUACCUACGGCGGCCACGGAAGUGCCAUUGCCACCGAUUCAGGCGGCGGCCUCAUCGUAGUCGAAGACUCCUCUGUCUACACGUACGGUGCACUGUCGGCCCUCGUCUACUCCACGGGAAAUAUCACCGUUACUUCUCUUACCGGCACGGCGGACAUUUCACCCGCAGCUUGUAUCGAUGGAUCCAACUCUUUCACACUGAUAGAUCCGGCCAUUACAUCUGGUACUCAGAACAACGGCGUCUUCCAAAUUGUCAGCACCGCAUCGUCUAGUAAAACCGAUAACACCGCCUACGCCUAUGUGACUGGUGGAUCUGUCGCAGAGACUAAUGGCACGUACGGCUUGAUUUUCGUGGCCAAUAUCCAAGCCUACGUGUAUCUGACCGAUGUUGAUGUGACCAUCAAAUCCGGGAUCCUGGCUAAUAUUACUGCAACCAGUGACUGGGGAACUAGUGGCAGCAAUGGCGGAGUUGCUUACAUCUACCUAGAGGAUCUCGCUGUGGAAGGUGACAUUUAUGUCGAUGACUAUAGCGAGGUGUAUGUCUAUCUGGUUGGAUCGACUUGGACGGGGGCUAUCAACCCGUUGGAUUCUUCGGGGAACUACUCUGUUUCGCUGGACUCUAGCAGUACCUGGACUGAGACUAGUGUUUCUUGA